AUGACAGCUCUCAUUGAAGAGAUCAACAUCUGCUGGGUCAUUAUCUCCCGUCUUUUUGGCAACAUUGGACCUAUUUUCUUUACCCUGAUUGCUUUCUGUAAGCCUAACCUGAAACUUGAGACACCUGCAUCCUUGAUGGUUGUCCUUGCUUUGACGUUGUCUGCUCUCCUUUACGCUUUCUUCUGGGCGGAGACUGCAAUUGUUGCAGGAGAUGAGCACAGUGGCCUCAUCCCAGCCUUUGCUGCCCUUGGACAAGGACAAGGCAAGGUCAGUUGUUCAAACAGAAGAUCCUGGAAGGUAAAAAUUUCCGGAAUCCUUAACACGGAACCAAACAAUUUAUCUUGCACUAACCACACAGACAUCAUGACCGCUGUAAAUGAGGAGCCUCCGUUUUCUGUCCAGGGAUUCUUCCUGUUACUUUUUGGCAUCGGCCUCGUCUCCGUGGCCUCGUUCCUGCUCCUGGUCUUCCAUCCCUACUGCAGGAGUGAGCAUGUGGACACUGACAAGGAAGAGAACUGCCAACUGAUGCAGCCUGGCGGAAGCAACGAUUUAAGUCUAGCAGUUUACUCUGAAGAUGGGAAUAAAACUGACACGCUCAUCUCAAGCAACACACCGACAGUGCUUCAGUCAACAGAUCCCAUUCCGCGAGAUGAAACCGCCAAUCCUCCAUUGGCAUUUCACCAGACUCCACAAGAGACGGGUAAUCUCAGACCUUAUGCGACACAAGACGACACAACAUCUUUCUACACGGUGAAGAAUGGAGCUAGCCAUGGCGAGGGGGACACUGCUGUCAUCCAAAAACCUGCAUCCAAAUACGAUGUUGAAGAAUACAAAAGUGAACUGGAAAUGACCAACAAGGGGAAACAAAUCACUAAACUGGAGUCAUGGUAUCUACUAGGCUUGCUGGUUUGGAUUAACGCCCUUCAGACGAGUUUUAUCCUAGCCAUACAAGUCUACUCCAGCCUUCCCUAUGGUCUACAGUUUUACCAUGGAGCAACAAAGGCGGAGAACAUAGUUGACCCAAUUGCCUCGUUUCUGACGUUUUGGGUGACAGCCCGAACUACACGCGCCAUUUCAGGACUGACAUUGCUAGGGACUCUGUUUACUGCCUACAUCAUUGUGGUGGCCUCGAUGAGUCCGAACCCAUUCCUCGUUGACCAUCUGGCUGGUGGACCUUUGCUGGUGACGGCUUGGGUCCUGUGCACUAUGCUAAUGGUUUUCUCAAAAGUUUCCAUCGCCGGUGUCAUGAGAAGUCAAGGUCGCCUUUCUCUGAUGUGGACCGGAGCCAGCACACAACUUGGCUCUGUGCUAGGGGCCACUGUUGCCUACCUGACAAUUAAUGCAUUUCACUUGUUCAAAGAUGAGCCGUGGUGCCGGUAA